AUGCCUCUGUCGAAGAAUGUAAAAAAAACAGAAUAUUUACCAGCAAUUCCCCCAGUAAAUUGUUCUAUAGCUGCUGAACAGAUGCUGCUUAAGAACAAGAACUUUAUUGGACAAAUUCCAUUAAAUGAUGAUAUUUAUUCCGUCUCAUUAUAUUGUUUUCGACAUUUUUUACUACAUCUUAACAUUGGACCAUUUGUUUUUUUUUAUCUAACGUGGUUUGUUAUAUGGAUAUAUCAUUUUGGUUUAUCACAGUAUCCAGAACUGGGCAUCAUUAUUACUGUUAUCAUAGCUAUCAUUCACAUUGUUAUAUGUUUAUUUUGCUAUUGGUUUGUCGAAGUUCGCGCUUUUAUGCAAUGUUACCCAGAAAGGACGCCGUCAAAAGCUGAGGUUGUAGUAGUAAAACCAACAGCGAAUAAUGGCUAUCCGGAAAUGGUUCCAUUACAUCAUGGACAGGAUCCUCAAACUCACAAAGAACAAGUAUGGUUUAUGUUUCAAAAGUCACGUUAUGUCUAUGAUGAAAGUGAAAAAAAAACAUUCCAAAUAAUUGAUUACCCGUUGUCAAAUUCUUUUCAUACAUAUUUACAAUCAAAAGGUUUACAAAAUGAUGAAAUUGAUCAAGCAACAUGGAAUUUCGGUUCAAACAGAAUGGUUAUUGACAUUCCAAAAUUUAUUGAUUUAUUUAUUGAACGUGCCACAGCUCCAUUUUUUGUUUUUCAAGUAUUUUGUGUAUUACUGUGGUGUUUAGACGAAUAUUGGUAUUACAGUAUACUGACGUUGUUUAUGUUAAUAACAUUUGAAGUAACAUUGGUUCAACAGCAAAAACGUAAUAUGGCAACAAUUCGAACAAUGGGUAAUCAACCGUAUAAAAUUUCCGUUUAUAGACAACGAAAAUGGAUCAAAAUUGAUACAACAGAUAUUUUACCUGGAGAUAUUUGUUCGGUGUUGCGAACAAAUGAGAAUAACCCAUUACCGUGCGAUAUGCUACUAUUAAGAGGACAAUGUAUUGUUGAUGAAUCAAUGUUGACCGGAGAAUCCAUACCUCAAAUGAAGGUACGUAAACGACUAAUCGAUGAAUUAGUUAUAUUUCAAUUGCCCAAUGAUUAG